CUUACCAUUUUUGGAUUAUAACAACAUACUAUCUUAGGACCAACCAACCUGUCAAAGAUGAGAAUGUACCAGGAACUUUGACUGAAGAAGAUUGGGAGAGAUUAAAUAAUAUAAUUGGAUACAAGGUAGGUGAGGAUGAGCAAUUGUUGAUCCAUGACAAGGGUGAUGUGCUCCAUAUUGCAUUGGAGGUUCACAUGAAACACAAUGCUUCAAAGCUUAUUGAUUCUAAGGAGUGCCUUGCUGAUCUAUCCUGUGAUAAUCUUGAUUGCUACAUAAAGCUUUAUAAAGAGGCUAAAAUUUUUGAUAUAAAAUUGGGAUCAUACAGACUGUUAUCUCCGAAUGGUCUUCUUGCUGAGAGUGAAAGUUCUUACGAUUCAUUAUUUGGUGUCUUCUGCUAUAAGCCUUUUGAUGCUGAUGUAGAUUGGAGCUUUGUUGCCAAAGCUUCACCCUGUUAUGUGACUUACUUGAAGGAUUCCAUUGAUCAAAUUAUUAACUUUUUUCAAAGCAACGUUGCUGUAAGUCAGACUAUAGCUCUGGAAACUGCUUCUGCAGUGCAGGUCUGUAUCUAAUCCUUUCUAACAAGUCUAA